UUCGUCGCUAAAGGCCAGGAAAACAGCGAUCAUUUCUAGAGGUGAAAUGUCGUUAUCAAAAAGUUCACAAAAUACGGGACAAGUUGAAAAACCUUGUGAAGUAUGCGAAGUAAGUUACCAGAUACAGUGGAAGUGUUUUGAUUGCAAGCGAUAUAUGUGUAGUGCCUGCAAAGAAACAAUCCAUCCAAAAUUUAAACAUGCUGACAAGCACAAAAUUAUAAAAACAAAAGAUAUAACCUCAGAAGAUUUGGAGGAAAAGCCUGAUCUGACGUCCAUUAGCUGCACAGUUCAUGACGGCAAACUAUGCUGUCUUUACUGUAAGGAUUGUUGCGAAGCAAUUUGUUCCUUGUGUGUUACACAAACACAUAUCAAGCAUGAUAUGAUUGAGUUAAGUGAGGGAUAUGACAUUUGCAUUAGAAAACUUCAACGAUUUACCGCGCAGAUUAAGGGGAUUGACGAGAGAAUUAAAUCAAGUAAGUUAUCAGAAAUGGUGAGAUAUAAAGACGGGAAAAGGAAAAUUAUAAUGCAAGAAAAAGAACUGAUUAAUGCCAUUCAAAGUCAAACAAGGAUACUCAGCAGGGAAUUUGAAAGACAAUGGGAUAAUUUCAAAGGCAUCAUUAGAAAGAAGAAAGCAGCUUGUGUAGAAACUGAAACCAAAUGGAGCAUAUUGGAUUCGGCAGAUGCAAAAGAAACUUUCCGAGUUGCCAGAGAAAGACAGCAAUCGAUGACUGAGGAAAUGACAAGAAUCAACACAGACAUUGAAUGUCUACCAACUUUUGUUCCCCGAUUUAUUUUUCCACAAUCAAUAGAAUCAGUUCAUGGAUGGAUUAAGAAAAAUCACAACAAACCUGUAGUUGCGGCUAUUUCAAUUAGAGCUAACGAAUUAGAAGCUUGUUUCUGUUUGAAAUCCGCAUAUGAUAAUUAUGUUGGUAAUACCAAAGAUGAACUUGAUAUACGUACACUGAAAUGGAACACCUCAGUCCUACUGAACCCAAAUGGAACAGUUAAUUGUAUUAUACAUGAUAAAUUGGAGAAUUUAACGGCAAAUGCCGAUGUAAUGGCCGACAUGUACAUUUUUGAACAUCUUGGGAAAACAUUAUACGACAAGCAGGUCGAGUUAAACAGUAAUACUUGGCUAAAAGAAUCAAAGAAUCGUUUUGGACGUACAGCAAAGAAAAUGAAAGCAUUAGAUGUGUAUGCAAAUUUCAUUAGUUUCCUCAAAGUACUAAUUCUAAAGGCAAUAUCUGAAUUCGAUCAAAGCAAUGAAUUCCAUAUUGAAGAUAUUUUCUGGGUAUUUACCGUACCAAAUAUAUGUUCAAUGAACAGAGAAAAAUUCAUGCACGAAGCUGUUAUGAAGGCAGCCAGUGAAAACGAGAAAUUUACUAUUGCUUUAGAAACCGAUGCUCUGCCAGUAUAUUGUGAAUAUGUGUACGGUAAACGACAACGUGUAGAUGACGCCACAUUUACAGAUAUAGGUGGUACAUACAUAAUAUUUGAUCAAGGAGAUGGAGAGACUGACGUAGCAGUGUACGAAUUCACAUGGCCACGAUUUGUGAAAGAAAUAUACCGCGGUGAUCGCUGGCAAUGGAAUUCAUUGGCAUUUGAAGAGUACUCUUCUUUCUUAAAACAGUUGUGUAACUUUGAUGUUAUAAGUAUUCUUAAUGAGGAGGAACAUAGCGGUUAUGAUAGAAUGGUAUCCAGUGUUGAAUCUGCAAUACGAAAUUUCAAAUUAGAUUCCACUAGCCGGGUUAAUGUGACGAUUCCAAUAAUUUCGUUUGAAGAACUGACCAGCUUACCAUUACAAGAGCUAAUAAGUCAUUCAAAUUUAAAUACAAAUGUAAGUGUUUUGGGGGAUAAAUUGAGAUUCACUUCAUCUUUCUUUCGAACAUUCUUUGAGAGUUCUAUCAAAUAUGUUUCAGAAAUACUUGAUGAAUGUAUUCAUUCAAUCAACAAAGAAAACCUCUCAGAAGUUGCAAAAUUAUUUGUUGUUGGAGAAAGUUCGCAGUCAUCCAUUCUUACAGAUGCUAUUAAGCAAACAUUUGGAGCUUCAAUUGAAGUUAUUGUUGAAAGUUCACAAAAUGCAGUGUCAGUUGGAGCGUUGUUGGAUGGCUUUCAGUAA